AUGUCGCUGCUGAGAAUCCCACUUGGUGCAUGUUCGAGGCCUUCGGUCCUGCAGUGGUACUUGAAGCGCGGCGACUACGACUGUUGCACCGGGCUCUCUGGUCUCACAGAGACAUUCCUGCGCUUUCCACGUCAAAUCGACAUGGGGAAGUAUGCAGAAGGCGGUGCCGUGUACCAUCUUUACGCGAUCAUGGUCGAGUGUGAUGACCACUACCUGUCUUACAUCCGGCCAGAGAUGGAAGGCGAUCGUGGGCAGUGGUACCGCUUCGACGACCGUGAGGCGGGGUCAGCAGUCUGCGGCGUCUCCAAUGCUACAGCCGUGGAUGCUUCCUUUGGGGGCGAAGAGUGGCUCUGCGUGAACUAUCUCUACGGCCCUUCAGCCGUGCUGAAGCGGCCGCGGGAAUCCCGGGCCUCGAUGUUGCUCUACCUCAAGGAUAGCGAGCUGCAGCAGCUGCUUCGCGAGCCCAAACUCCCAAAGCUGUGUCCGGAGUUGCAGAUGCCCCUUCAGCGCGGAGAGCACCUGCAGGCGGGCAGCGUGGAGUUGGAGGCUGCGGCGGCUGCAGAAGCCGAGCUUCUGAACGAUCUCCACGUAGAGCAGCUCAAGGAGGUGAAGAAGAAGAAGGCGAAGCAGAAGAAGAAGCAGAAAGAGAAGGAAAGGAAGCACCAGGUUCGGCCUGGUGAGGACUCGGGCAGCUUCGAGCCAGUCCGUGACACGGACGAGCGGGAGGAGGACAGCGAGGACGACGAGGAAGCGCCUUCGGAGCCUCCCAUGGAGGCCGUGGAGAAGGAGGUGGACUCCGACGAAGAAGGCCCGCGGUUUCGAGGAAGUUUCGAGGAAGUCCUGCGAGGGGCCCGCGGCAAGAAGCGCGGGAGCAAGAGCCAGAGCAACAGCGGAAACACCCUUCUUGCGGGGCAAGGCGAGGCGAGUGGCAGCCGCGCCUCCAGCGCAGGGCGUGCGCCGCCCAGCCAGGAGGAGAAGAACGAGGAGGAGCUCCUUGCGCCACAGCCCAAACCAGGGCAGCCUUCGCCCGAGGAGCCCCCUGUGGAAACGGAGCCGCAAGAGCCCGAGCAGGCGCGCGCGCGCGCCACGUGGGGGCCCAGCAUGCCCCUUUGUGGCGGUUUGUUGUACUGGACUCUUGUUGCUGCUACUCUAAAAGAACCUAUAGAUGAGUGCAUAAUAUACAAAUAUAUACACACACUUAUAUACACUCAUAUACACUUUUCUACACUGAGAAAUACAAUGAGCAUAUAUAUAUAUAUAUAUAAUAAUAUUAAUAAUAAUAAUCAUAAUAAUAAUAAAAAUAAUAAUAAUAAUAAUAUAUAUAUAUAUAUAUAUAUAUAUAUAUAUAUAGGGACUGAUAUCGAAAUAAAUACCAAUAUAUAUAUAUAUAUAUAUACAUAUAUAUAUAUAUAUAUAUAUGUAUGUGUAUAUAUAUAUAUGAAUACACAUAUGUGGUCACUCCCUUGUUGA